GAUUAUGGAGAUGGCAUCCAAGGGAGUAAAGCACGUGACUCUGGAGCUGGGGGGGAAAUCUCCUCUGCUCAUCUUUCAGGACAGUGAUGUGGAGAACGCUGUGAAGGGAGCGCUCAUGGCCAACUUCCUGUCUCAAGGCCAGGUCUGCAGCAACGGGACGCGGGUGUUUGUUCAUAAGGGCAUUCUGCCAGAGUUUGUGGAGGAGGUGGUGAAGAGGACGCGGGCGAUCGAGAUAGGAGACCCGCUGUUGGAGAGCACCAGGAUGGGAGCCCUGGUCAGCGGGUCACACCUGGAGAGAGUCCUGUCCUUUGUUGACCAGGCAAAGAAAGAGGGAGCUACGGUGCUGUGCGGAGGUGAACCCUUUGUCCCAUCAGAUCCUAAACUCAGAGGAGGAUACUACAUGACUCCAUGUGUAUUGGGUAAGACCUCUGUCGAUUCCUCCAUGAUGUAAUGCAUUCAGAAGAUCUCUGAAAGUGUGGCGCACUAUU